CGCUUCUCCGUCGCCCCGGCAACGGCCGAGCAUGCGCAGAACGUGCCAGGGUGGAACGCUUGGCGAAAAAUCCCCACGAGUCCUGCACGCGCCUUUCCCCCUUUUAACAUCAUCACAAGAUAGUUCCGCAGCGCCGCCUAGCAUGCGUCUGUAGCACCUCCGGCGCGUCUCGCAGCAUGUCACACAACAAGCGCAAUGCUACAGGCAGCGACGCGACGACGGACGCUUCCGCCGCUUUGCGGCGGCUCUCAUGGAGCUUCAGCGUGUAUCCCGCUUGGGGCGGGUUGGGGUUCCACUAACAAUGACGUCAUGCGCAGACCUUUUCUAUUAGGUGGGAGUUGGUCGGUGCCGGUCCCCCUUUCUGCCCUUUCUGCACGGCGCGCCCGGCGUGCCGCCCGCCCAGGGGCGACGCAUCGUACGAUCAUGACGUAACAGCCUUUCCUCGCACUGGGAGCUCAUUCAACUCGUGGACUUCUCCGCUUCUCUCCUCAUCAUCAGAAUCAUCUCUUCGGCGUGCGCCGGGAACGGAACAUGGCCAACUAGACUCGUUCGCUGCCGUUCUCGUCGUCCACCGGCUAUGCAGUGUUCCCUGAGAGUGGUGCUGGUGCGAUGGGCAUCAUCCAGUGUGGUGCGAUGCUCCCUGUCUACCUCCGUGGUGCGCCACCAGAUUGAGGCAGUCGCCACCACGCAGGUGCUGGUGCCCAGUGGCCGAGGGGUGCUGAAAAAGAAAGAGGAAGCCAAGGAGCAGAGUGCCUCCGACUGGCCAUACACGGACCGCUGGGUCACUGUCCGCACGUGUGGGGAGCUCUACCGCGACUGGAGGCACUGGAAGCCCGGCUACCAGAACGCACCCCCACAGGGCAUCGAGGUGCCCGUGCGCUACCUGCACACGGGCCUGGACCGUGCCUGGGACGCCGGGCGCCCCACGGUGCUCCUGCUGCACGGGGCACCGGGCAGUUACCGGGACUUUACCGACCUUGUGCCGUUCUUGGACCGGGUGGGAGCCACCGUCGUGUCUCCGACCUGGCCGGACCUGAAGCUGAGCUACCGCGUGGGCACUUUCUGGCACUCCGCGGAGGAGAAGACGCACCUGCUGGCAGACUUCCUCCGGGCCAUCAACAUCAGCAAGAUCGACCUGGUGGUGGCCCACAGCAGCGCCAUCUACCCGAGCCUGAACAUGAUGACCCGUCCGGGCAUGCCUGCGGUGGGAGGCCUGGCCCUUCUCGCGCCUGCGGGUCACCAGCUCGUGCGGGCCAUCCGACCGCUGCCACUGAUGCGGGCCUUCGCGGUGCACUACACGAAUCCCCGGUACCAGGGCUUCAUGCGGCGCCUGGGAAUCGCCAUCAUGAAGUGCACCCGCAAUCCCAUCAAGCCCAACAUGGAGGAUGCCAUCAUGUCACUCCAGACCAUGAUCUUCUCGGACUACGACCAGGCAGGGCACAAGAUACAGCAGGUGGCAGAGAGCGGCACUCCGCUGCUGAUUGCCUUCAGCGAGAACGACCGGGCCAUCAACCCGGAGGUCAUCUUUAACAUGGUGGACCUGAUUGGCACCCGCAACGAGGACCUCUGGCUCUACGACGCUGACGGCAAGCUGGCCAGAGAAGGUGCCCAAGAAGGCUCGAAGAAGGUGCUGCUCUUCAAGAAGGGAGGCCACUACCUGUUUCGCCGUCACCCAGAAGUCAUCAACUCGGCCAUUUUGGAAUGGCUACACAGGGUCUGCCCACCGGGCAAGUGACCACGAUGACUACACCCUCAGUUGCAGCAACCUCCAGUUGUGGCAUCCCUCAGUUGCGGCAUCCCCCAGUUGCGACAUCCCCUAGUUGCGGCAUCCCCCAAUUGCGGCAUCCCCCAAUUGCGGCAUCCCCCAAUUGCGGCAUCUCCCAGUUGCGGCAUCCUCCAGUUGCCACCCACCCCAGUCACAGCAUCCCCAGUUGCAGCACCGCCUAGUUGCAGCUUCCUCUAGGUGCAGCAACUCUUAGUUGUGGUGGCCCUAGCUGUCAGCCUGGGACAGUGGCAAGUUACACGUGAUCCUUGCUGCUUUCUUUCUCGCUGGCUCGAGAAGGGACUGCAGUUGGCUUCAUGUGAACCGUUUUACGUCCACAUAUUUUGUAUCCUUGGCCCUAGCACCCUUAGACGGAGACCUAGGGACAUAUGAGGGUUGAAAGUGCAGGUAUGUAUUAUUAAGCACUCAUUCAAGGGCCUUUUUUGAUACAGUAUCCUUUCUAAUAUAUGCAGCACCUGUUUAGAUAUAGUGCCUAUUGUAAUAGCCAUGGGCUUGGAUAGGGCGACUUCCAGUAUGGCAUCUCUUUGGUGUGACCUUUGUUCUAAACUGGUGUCUGAUAAAGGGUGAUCGCAUGGUAUACUAUAGGUCACUUGAUCCUAAUGAAUCAGUACUAUAUUCAACUUGCUUUCAUUUCAUCCAUCUUUUGUAGUUCUGUCUUUAUUUUAUUUUAUUUAGAAAAGCUGAAUCUCAAUUAUGGCUGCAUUAGGCUUUGGAGUAGAGGGCUCUUGACCCUUUAUGCAAGUAACCAAGGACAAUCCAACAAUGACUUAGGCUUGAAUCAACCGGUAAUUUUUUAUGAAUGCAUGUUGUUUUGUCUCAGGAAUGUUUGUUCUCUUUCCCCUCGGAAGUUUUCAGUUCGCUUCAGGACUGCAAUGGAAAGCAGUGCUGCAACUUGUUUUUUAGUUGUUACUCUUGCAGGAUUAAGAGCAGCGGAAAAGUGUACCUUGCUCUCGUAAACCUCUUACUUGCUCUUGAAACCAGCACAACAAAGGUUUACUGGAUUUAAUAUUUCUUUGGUGACAUUUGGCAAAAUCGGUGUAGAAUUUUGUUUUCUGCAAGAUUUAAAGGCACUAACAGUACAAGUGCAAUAAAGUUUAUUUGUACCAAGCUUUGCAUUUAGCCUUCGACUACAAACAUAACCUUGCUUUAUAAAGUUGUCUGAUUGUGUUUGCACCGAAGACAUCCAACCAAGAUCUUCCUAAGUCUCAUAGAAAUCUGCAACUUUUGACAAGGUCCAUACAACAAGAGUAUUUUGUGACAGCACUGUCGCUGGUGAAACCUUGGAGCACCGGGCUUUAAACAGUACUCGCUAUUCUCAAGCCUACGGACCAGAACCAGAAAAGAGACAUUGAAUGCUUGUUGGAGGUAGCAUUCACCUUCAGCACCCUUAGGUGCACUUCUUGCUGAUUGUCCCGAUGAUGUCAGAAAUCACUCAAGUAGGAUUUAUAUUCUCUUCACCUUUUUUCUACCCUCGGAUAAUCUCACACUGGGUAUUCUGGAGCUCAUAGUAUACUGUAACUCCUCCUGUAAUGCUGUUGAAACUGGUCUGAGUCAGAAGAAAAGACCAACAAAGUUUCUAUACCUACUGUAUGUUCUGAAUGCCUGUGGGUUUGUAGGCGAAUUUCUUGUCAUCCUUCGUGCUUUCUCUGUAGGAGUAAUAGAAAUGCUGUAGUAUGAGUGAUUGUUAGCCUCUUGAAGUAGGCCUGUAAGCGUUCGCUGUCUGUGUAAAACAAUCGGUUUCGCGCGCUCUUUCGACGAAGGUGGCAGUUCUCUGCACGCCGUUGGGAAAGUGUGAGGAGGUUGGGUGAGUGCUGGACACUCCCAGGCACUUCUGAAUUUCGGCACCCCUUGAAGCUGCGAUAUCUACACUCAUUCCGUCUCUUGCUGCACAUUGCUCGGCUCUGUAGCCCUACAGCACUUUCCCAUUAGGCACUUUCUGGGUUUUGAUUAUGUGAAGAGUGCUAACAUAAUCUUUUGGUUGGUAGUUUCAUGGAAUCGCAUUGCUGUAAUACACUCAGAAAGCGAUGAAAUGUGGCAUACCAACAAACAUUAUUACUGUUUCCGUGCAAAGCAGACAAUGAGUUUAUGGUAUACGGACACUGUGUUCACUUUUUGACCACUGUGGCGCCUUUCGUGUUCUGCUUUCAACUGAUACGUAGACAGGAGCUCUGGAAUAUAAGUCUUAAUCUGCAUACCCCCGCUCUGACAAGUAACCCGUCGCAAGCGAUCUCGACCUUCGUUUCACUUGUUCCAUUUCCCAAUUGUUGGGAGUCUGCUCUCAGUUCUCCUUUGUUUACACUAUUUUUUCUGUGUGUUAUGUUUUUGUUCUUCUGCACCAUUUUCAAGCUGCAUACAUUGGAGCACUACUGUCGUUAUGGUUUUGUGUAAAGACUUCUGUGCUUUGCAAUAGAACAACAUUUUUCUCCAUUUCUGUCGAGCAAAGAGCGGUGCCAAGUGUUCGGACUUGAUAAAAAAAUUCUAGAAUUUCAAGCAUGACUAGCAUCUGGCAUCUUUGAUGUGCAUAAAAAAAAUUUCUUUCUCUUUAUCUUUAUUUUUUGCCUUUCAAUCUAUUUUUUGUCACUCUAUCUUGUUUGUGACGGUUGUGUCAGGGUGCCGGCUUUAAGCAAACACUGGACCAUGUUGUGAGAUUAACGUAAUGUCCCUAGAUGUAACUGUGAAUUCGUAAAGAGGUUGAAAGAAAAAGGCGAGACCGUACUAUCACAAUCAAAAUGAGUGAGUACACAGCUCCGCAUGGCCCGCGGUACUAUGAGUGCCCCCUGUCGAUUGCUUUUUGAAGUAUAAGUGCACCUUGCCGUUGAAACAUAACAUCUUUAGCAAUUGCCACACCACUCUGCACUUCCAGAUCGUCUGCCAGCGAAAAACGGUCGGCGAAACCGCAAAACUGUUCACCAAUGACAAAGAGCAUUUUUUUGCUAACGAUGUGCGCCAGCAAAAAUAACUUGUAAUAUUUUUAGGGUCAUCCUUUUGAUUAGGAAGUUUUAGUAGAUGAUUUUCAUGGCUCCGUUAACAAUACCCGAUGCCUCGCUAACGCCUUUAAGCAUGCAUCAUAUUGUUAUCGGAGGUAUCAAAACAAUCAACAAAGAUUGCCUAUUAUUUACUUUGCGUGAGUUCGGCGAGAGCAUAUGACCACCAAUGUGCACAGACAAGAAGUUAGCACAGUGCUAGCUUAUGCGAUACCUUUUGCUCCCUGGUACUGUAAAAGCAACAUGACACAACAUAAAGUAAUUGCAAUUCGGCGCGUGUCACGGGUCCAACAUUGUAUUAUUCUUUUUGAUACUGAUUUUCCCCGCAAGAAUUAUAUGCACUAACAGACGACCCGGAAGUGCAGAGUGGUGCAGCGAUCGCCACACGAUAUGUCUCGACCACAAGGUGCGCUCAUACUUGAAAGAGCAAUCGCCAGGGGGCACUGAUAGCACUUGGGCUACGCGGAGCGGUGUUUGCACUGGCAUUGAUUGUGAUGGUACAACCCGAUACAGCCUAUUGCUUUGUACUAUCUUAUGAACAACUGAUGUUUGCUUCGAAAGGUAUAGUGUUCACCUCAACACAAAUACUGCUUUGGCCAUUUUGAGUGUUGUGUGUCGGAAGCAGCAUGCGCAUCAUUUUCACAUUAGCAGCAAGUACCACUUGCUCGCGCACAUGCCGAGUGAGCUGUGUGGCCUUGAAAGCCAUCCACCCCUAAGCUGAUAGUGCGGUGGAAGCUAUGUGCUCAUUAGACCAGUCGCACAUCUAUUUUUUGCCACAUGAUUAUGCUCCUGCUCUGCGCAGAGAGUGGGCUGAAGUGACAAGAGGGAGGCAGCUGAUUGGCCCGGCAAAGGCGGUGGCCCCACCGCUGUCGGCUCGGGGAUGAACGGCUUACGGAAAGACAGUUUCAUGAUAAGACGUUUGUGAGAAAAUGUUUGGGCUGCUUUCGGGCCAAAAUUUGCGCUUCCGAGCACCUGACAUUUUAAAAACAUGUGGAGGCGAUGGCUCUUAAAAGUAUCGAACCAUAAACAAAAUUUAGCGACUCCUGAAGGCCAUCAUUUUUACACCCUUGAUGUCGGUCUUUGUCUCACGUUUGUUUUGACUUGUGCUUUGAAAUUUCCUGUUAGUAACAGGGGUAGCGAUGUAUAUAUGAGCUCUCAUCUCAAACCUCGGCUCACAGGAUUGCGCAAAAACGUUUUGUGGCUAACCGUGCACUUUAUCGUGACUUUUUUUUUGUGUUGCGUGCGACUGAAGUUAGUGUUGCUGAUACUCGAUGUUCUCAAAGUUUGAAACCUGGAGAUAAAAAAAAGAUGAUAAACAAACCGAUUCUUGUAUAAUGAUAAAAAUCUGUGGUUUUUUUCUCAUUUAUUUUUUGAUUAUGUAGAGAUUCGUCCAGUUAAGAAACUCAUUCCUUAAGCAGCUCACCCAUGCCCUUGCUCUAUUUGAUGUGUACUGCACUUGGUUUUUGGCAAGUCUGCUGAUGCAGCUUUUCGGCACCAAUAUUUUGAGUGCAUGCGACACAGAAUGUGCAGUGGUGUGCGCAACUCACUUACACCCUUAAUUACAAAGAGGUGUCAUUUUCAUAGUUAUCAAUACUCUUCAAGUAACACAUUCACCACAAAGUACUCUUUUUUUUUUUUGGCACUGGUUGGAACACACUUUUUUAGGCUUCAUCCUAAUUCUUCAUUUGCACUUUCUCUGCAUAUUUGGAGUUUGUCACUAAACUUUCUUUUCACCUUUUCUGUGCCAAGGAGACCUUUCUUUUGUAAGUGAAAGUGUGACACUUUUCUGUCAUCGAUUUUUUGCUUGCCAUGUUCAAGUUUUUAGCACCUGUUCUAGCCAGUGUUGAGCAGAUAUUUCAUACCUUGGAAAUUCCAAAGCUAUUUAUUGAAUCUUUCUAUACUUUUCCUGUGAUCUGAAGGAUAGCAGCUUCUGAAUCGGGUAUUUCUUUUUAGCUGAGCUUUGUUUAAGGCACUGUUCUAAGUAACUCCUGGGUUAAUGCUCUGUUGUCCUAUUGUCAUGCUUAAAAGAAAUGAGUGUGUAAGGGGACUCCACAGUUAAUAAAAUAUAUAAUUAAUUGAA